AUGGCGACAUCCCACCUCACCGCACCUACGACCGCACAUUCGCUCAACCAAACUCCGGCCACUAAUCUGUCAAUCGAUGACAUACACGGCAAAUCCGGGGAUGGAGAAGAAAAAGUGAUGGAAAGCCGUCAGCAAAUCGGAAAAGAAAAUUCCACCUCGCUACUCAUAGCUCCUCUGCACCUGCCAUUUCCGGCAGCCCCGUCAACAUCUCCCCAACAUUCCGGGGAAGAACAAAAAAUAACCGGUAGCCUCAAUCAACACCAAGCCACUACAAAUCAUCAAUCCACCGCAGCACCUGUGCCUCUCACCGGCGCUCCACCGCCGUCCGGCCAGACCACCGGAAUCGCUACCCACCCCGGCGGCCCCUCACCGGGUGCAGGGAUACUUGGCCCCGGCCCCUCUUUAGCGACAAAUGCACCCCGGACUGCCCUCUCAUCGAAGGAUCCGACCUCUGACCAGGUCGUCUUGCACGUGCGGGAAGAUGGAGUGGUUGCGACAGAACCAGAUACAACGGCCGUGACCAACAUGACCCGACACUGUACAAGAUUGCCAUCGGUACAGCAAAGGGACACGUCCACAAAGCAUGAUAAGACUCGAGAAGUGUCGAAGAGAGCUCUCGCUGCACCAGAAUGUGCCAGUGACCACCUGAAGCGUUUGAAACUGCUGCACGCAUACCGAGCCAUCCUACAAAGCGACACGUCCGCAAAGCACGAUAACAUACAUGAAGAACGAUCAAGGGGAAUAUAA